AUGUACGACCACCAAGUCAUCCCAGAUACGGCGUGCUUCAAUCAUUACAUGGGCGCAACAAUCUGGGACCACUGCUAUCUGGGAAAGGAGGCAUACAAUCUUCAGACGACUCCCGACAGCUACAGGAAGAGGCGCAUGAACCAGCCGAAUGCUGCCUGGCGUGGAUAUGGCACGGCAGAGCAUAGUGUUAGAAAAGUUAUCAUGAACAUAUUCAGUGACAUGACUCAGAUGGGGCUCAAUGGCGACGAGCAGACCUACAUCAACAUCAUCAUCGCCGCGGCCCGAGUUGGCGACAGAGAUGCCGUCUGUAACGUCCUUCAAACUGUGUGGAACGUGGAUGUCGAGGCCAUCAUGCUUGAGAAGGAUAAUUCAAAGUUACCACCGGUCGCUCAAUACGAUACUUGGUCCGGAUUAUACCCAACAGACCGUCUUCUUUUCGCUGUGGCCCAUGCCUUUGGAACGACUUCCGACAUUCACGCUGCAAUACGGACAAUUGACUUCUUAUCGUCAUCGUACGACAUUCCCAUAUCCCAUGAAGUCUGGUACGAAUUGCUAGAGAGAACAUUUAUCCUUUCCAAGACCCACAAGGGGAAACAGGCAGAGGUGGAGCUGUGGGGAAGGGUGCCCAAAGAGAUGGUGUACCAAGUGUUCGAAACAAUGACAGCAGAGCCCUACAACGUCCCACCGACUGUUAAGGCAUACCGAAUGUUGACCUCAACGAGCCAAAUCCUGGGCAAUUUUGAGAAGUGCCAAUUCCAACUCCGGCAGGCAUAUGAUGUCUUCAGCAAGACCCGCGCAAAACGAAAAGAGGCCAGAGACAUGGUCCUGCAAUGCCUACAGCCAAUCCUGGAUGACAUGAGACAAAAGGCAGGAAAGGAGUAUUGCGAUACCCAGCCCGAUCCAUCGUUAUUCCAGUCCCCUCUUCUUGCCGAAGCAAUUCACGUCUACGAUAUUCUCAGACUCGAGGUCUACCAGCAAAUCGACCAGCUCAAACGUAUGGUGAACACAAUAUCAAUCGCGGAAAAAUGGGACGACUUCUCAAUCGAUAUUUGGGAACGAAAGGAACGUCCCAAAUUCCAAGAAGAAUGGAGAGACUUUCUCCCGGAGAAUGCAAAAUGCAAAUAUGGCGAGACCAGCAUCUUUUAUUUCGAAGCUGAGACCCGCACCAAAGGCCGAAACAUGGACAUGCAUGGCCUCAUCCAUGCACGCCGCCUACCAGAUCGUGCGGAGCUCUUCACCCCGGCUGAAGAAAAGAUUCUCGAUGAUAACACCAUGUGGGACAAUCUGCUUGAACAGUGGCCUCAGCUGGAUCCGUCUGUGUCGCCGAUUGAUCGUCUGUAUUCUUUCCAGGUGCCGUUGAGCCAGGAGCUGAAAGCUAAGCUGAGAAAGAUGGCUGUUCGGGUCGAAAUCCACCCGGAUCACCCGGUGUCUAAAGGGAAUAACCCUACAGGUGGGUUUUAUGCUCGUCUUCAAGCGCACGGGCUCGGAAUGAAUCUCCAAAGGACUGCCUUUUGGCGGGAUAGCAAUCAUUGGCUUCAGUAG